GUAGUUUUUAUGCAAGUCAGAAGACAACCAGACACAUAUAUGCCAAUCACUGAUAUAGUAUAUAAAAGCUCUACUUAAUACAUACAGCCCCUUAUUAAGUUUGUGUAGUCACAGAAAAUACCUACACAACAAUGGCGUUCAAAGUCUUGUUGAGCCUUGCCGUGGUAGUGUGCAUCGCAGUUGCCUCCGAUCUGGACACCGGAAUGUGGGUAGCCCACUGCGCCAGAAAUGCAACUAUUCAUGGAGUACCAGCAGCUGGAGUACCAUCACACAGUCCUGCUUUCGUCACCAGAUUCGUCAGAAAUAUCACAUUUCCCCUCGGACUUGCUGUUAUCCACGCAUCCAUAAUUAACCCCAAUUGGUAUGGUGUCCCUGAUGUGCAGAUCAAAGCCAGUCAAUUGUCAGAUGACUCCGCCAAGGUGGCUAAGUUCGAUUACGACCUCUACUGGCCAAAGUUCGAAGUAGAAGGACAGUACACAGCUGAAGUGAAAGGCCUAAUUCAUAACUACCAUGAAGGAAACUGGUCAGUUUUGUUGUCGGAAGUACACUGGAGUGGAGAGAUGGACUUUAACAAAGAGAAACACCACAUUGACAAACUCAAGAUUCAUUGGAAAGUCGAUGAUGUUAAGGUAAUGACAAUAUUCAUAUCUAAUUUCGUGAAAGUACUAUAGUAUUCAUUUCAAGACUACUGCAUAAAUGUAAACUAUAAAAAUGCGUUUAUGCUCGAAAGUAUCCAUACAUGUUGGUAAACAGGAAUAAAUUAGUGUCACAGACAAUAAGGCUACCAGGUGGCUCUGGCAUGCGCUAAAAGGGUGUCUGUCCUAUGGGGUUAAUACUAAUUUUAGUAUAGAUCGACCGGAAUAGAGUUUUCGCGAAUACCGAUGAAUAAUCGGGCAAUAUAGAUAUACAAUUUACAUUGUAUCUCUUUUUUGUACAAUCUCACAUGAAGGACAUACUUACUACACAUAACUGUAUAACAAGUAAGGUGACUUGAACAAAUAUGGGCACCCCUAAGCAAAUUAUGUGGUCAAACGUUUAAUAUCCAUUAUAAAACAAUCAAAUUUCUGGUAUGUAUACCUGUAUAAAUAACAAAAAUAUUGAUCGAAUAGAAAAAUACAACUUUAUUAUAGAUUGAAAAGAUAAACAAUAAACAACUGUCAAGUGGCGCCUGGGUUCCAAAUGUGAGCACUGGGUGUCCAUAUUUGGACACGCAUUUUUGUGGACUCAAAAUAAAACAAAGAAAUACAAACUUAACAGAGCUUCCAUAAAUUUAACAGCAUUUUCUAAGAAAAAUUACUUGAAAAAUUUAGAAUCCAAAAACAGGGAAAACGCAGCAACAACUAGCUGCUCACAAACUAAAUACUAAUCUUUACAUUGCGAGCACCGGAAAUUUUCUAUAAUAGUUUUUGAGGUCAAACCGCAGCUUUCCUCGUGUACCCAUGCCUUGCAAAUGGUGCACUGCCUCAUAUCUCUCUUCUGGACUUCUCCACAUAGAGGACAAUAUCACGAUUCUGCUUUGACAUGGGACAAACCAGUACAGGUAGCUUUAUUUUGCUUUUUUGGUGAAUUCUGUGGCAUUUUUGAUUGCGUGAUUUUUGUAGGAAAUAGUGCUCGGGUUACUUGAACGGACUUGUAAAUUCUUGCCUUUUUAGCAGGCCUUAGAGCCGCAGACUUAGCAGGAAGCUCUGGUGUUGGCAGUAGCUGUGAAAAAGGUUGUGACUGCUCACCGUCUGAGUUGUCGCUUAUUUCGGGAGUGGACUGUACAGAAGAAGAGGAUGAUGAAAAUGCCUCCCAUUCCAUACUUUCAUCUGUAGAAGUAGCUUCUUCUUCGAUAUCUGUUCGUGAAGCUGAAGGUCUUGGAGACGAAGUCGCAGGAGGGUCAACAAUAUUUUCAUCGUACGUAUUGAGGCCUCUCUGAUCAUAUUGAUGGUGCAAAUGCUGUCGGAUCAAAGGGAUAUAUACUAGUUGCUCAAAAGCCUGCCGAUACAUUUGCAGGUGUAGUUGGUUUUGGCCAUACUUUGGAAGAUACAAUGCCAAAGCUUGAUUUUGUUAAUUUCCUGUUUAGAUGAACCUCUCAAAAGCGCUGGAGUUCAUCAUCCCAAAGGUAUUCAAAUGAACGGAAUACCGAUUUAUCCAUGGGUUGUAGCUCUUGCGUAUAAUUGCUAGGUAGACAGAGCAAUGUUAUGCGAGCUUCUUCUGCAACAGUAACGAUGUUGGCAUCUAGGUGUGAUACUUCCUUUUUGGGUCACCAAUACUUUAGCUCCAGGUGGAAGAUUGUUCCGCGUGUUCUGGAGCUACAAAAGUUACUCUUUUAAUUCCCUUGCGGGUCAACACAGCAGGCUCCUUAUGUACAGGUAGCUGACAACCAUUCUCAUCCAUGUUAAAAAUUAAAUGCGGCUUACCCAUCACAUCUAGAUCAGUCAUCACUUUUUUUCAGUGUCAAAAUAAUGUGCAACAAUAAGUUUAUUAAGCUUUGCUGCUCGUGCUGGGUGAACGUUUUGAGAUUUUCUUCGAGCAACAUCACGGUGCCGUCUAAGAAACAACUUCAGCCAUUUUCUGCCAACCAAAUAUGACUCUUGCUUGUUACACCGCCACUGAAUAUUGUUUAUUUCCGCCUCUGCGCAAUAUUUUGGAUGUAAUGGGCAUUCCUAUCUCAGCAAGCCUAAAUAUUCUUGAGCACAACUCGUCUUAUUGGUCCUUAGUCACGAUAGAUUUUCGACCCAAACGUUUCACUUUGUUUCAAGACCUGGCAUGGCGUUGUAAAAUGCUCCGUGGUAUACCAAAAUGGAUUGCUGCCCGCUUUAUCUUCAUUCCCUGCUGAAUUGCCAUAACAGCGUCUCUUAAAGACUCAGAACUCCACUGAGCUCUUUUUUUUUGUUUAUUUCCUGGAAAAACAAGCCCAGCGUAAAAAACAGUUCAAUGAGCAAAAAAUGAUAGUGUUUCACAUAUGGGCACUGCUCAUAUUUAGCGCUUUCACGAAUGCCCAUAUUUGGCAAAAUGGAACUUUGUGACUAUUUCAAGCAAUACUUACUUCUGUAGUUUUAUAUGUAAAAAUCAAUCAAUUAAGAGUUACCAGCUUCACAUUGAUAUAUGGUGAUCAAUAUUUUAUUUACAUUUACAAUAAAAAAUCGGCGAAAGUAUUACUGACAGAGAUUACAAGGUCCACGUACACGGCAGCCAUUUUCACUAUUUAGAAAUUGAAGAGCGCCACCUCGUAGAUGAUAUAUGAAACAACUUAUGCAGUGAGUUUGUCUAUGAUUAGUGGCUACAUUUAACUGUAAAUUACAGAGAGACCUGUAUUAGAAUUAUUUUAUUCCAGAUAGUGCCCAAGUUUGGGUCAGUGCCCAUAUUUGGUUCAGGUACCUUAUAUUUGUUCGAAUUUUUGGUAAUCAACACUGUAGUCGGACUUGAACAGUAACAGUUUAAAGAACAAUGAGUAGAAACCACAUUCUCACUAUAUCUGAUUUCGUUUGGUCAUCCAAAAACAGAUGAAAGAAAAUACAGACUCUAGUGUAAAUAGUGGCAAACUACAGCUUAGAGAUACACACGCUCUACAUGUGCACUUGCGGAAGCUCGACUUGUAGAAGGAUGGAAAUUCAAACAUUUCUACAAGUAAAUUUUUCCAUUCACGCAUUUAUUUAAGCAGGUCAGAAAGUUUAGGUGAUCGGUUGAGUACUUCGACAAAGUUACUGAUCAAAAUUCUGACCAAAUUAAUAAAUAGUGCAGUUUCUGCCCUAUGCGAAAAACAGAUUUCUUUAGAACGAAAUAGCGAACAUCAAAUAUGAAAAUAUGAAGUAUCACAUCUUCUAAAUAUUAAAAUGCAACCAUUGAACGAUUCGGAUAAAACUGAAAGUGUCAGUUAAGUUGUAUUACAAACUUACCAGAAACAGGUUACUGUAAUACAAAAAAAAUAUUUUUUUAUGUAUUCUGUUCUGUUUUUUGUAAUGCUGUAAUAUCACGCUUUUAUAUAGGUAAGUUUUUGUUAUUUGGAAGGUCAGUCUAAAGCCUACCUUCUUCUUAAAUUUGUCGUGGUACUUACUGGACAUAAGCAAUAUAAGCAAAAUACUCGGAUAGCGCCGAUAUACAUCUCGGUAUCGGUAUCCUAAUGCCUUCCAGGCAUCAUAUCAAAUCUGCUGCAUAUGAUGAUAUUUCAUAUAUUAUAGGAUGGAGAGAAGUAGUGGGGAAAGCAUCGCAAUUAUCACUUACUGGUUGGCCAGCUUGUCAUAUUCACAAAUUCAAAUGAGGGCAAAAUAUCAUCACCUGUUUCAAGCGUUAAUCUACGAUUCUAUAUCUGUUUAGACUAGAGUAUCACAAAAGCGGGAAUGCAAGGAUGUGUAGUAGCUGCUACGCUCUCAGUUUCCUAGGCUCAUUACUAUCAGGCAUCGUUUCAAAUCCCCUGCACACUAUGAUGUUUCUCUCUCAUCAGAGUUCGUUAAUACGAUAUAGGUGUAAAAUGGAGAGAGGUACUAGAAAAAUCAUCGCUUGUGAAUGCUAGGCGACAAUUACCACUCACUAGUCUGCCAACUCAUAAUCGCAAUUUUAAAUAAGCGCAUAACAACAUCACCUCUGACUGGUUCAGGGAAUAUUGGAAGCACUAUUAAAGCUAUUUCGAAACUUAAUCUAUCAAUCUAUAUCUGUUUAGACUAGUAUCACCGGUGGGGGAAUUCAAGGAGAUCUACUAGCUGCUACGCUCAAAUUCAGCUUGCAAACCGCAUUCAAAAUGAGAUCGGCCGACUUAGGAACUGAAGUAGUGUUGGGCUACAGACUGAAUGAGGUAUGGCUGAAGAAUGCCACUAAGGUUGAAGCUCUUCUGGACUGGUGCCGUCAUCAGGAAAAGUAAUCUUCU